AUGUCCCCUGUUCUUCUCUCUGGUCGGCGACGAUGCACCAUUGGGUGUGGAUGCGCUAGCCCACGAGUGGCCAGACGUGUUACUGUACGCGUUCCCUCCGUUAAGCUUGAUCGAGCCGACACUACGGAGGGUUCGGGAGCGCGGACAUGUGUUAAUUCUGAUCGCGCCGUACUGGCCGGGGAGACUGUGGGUUGCGGAGAUUGCGCAACUGCUCUACGACCAGCCUUGGCAGUUACCAACACGCAGGGAUCUCCUCUCACAAGCACGGGGAGAAAUAUUCCAUCCCUCCCCUCAGAAGUUAGCUCUCUGGGCCUGGCCCGUGAGAGGUUGAAUCUGUGUGCAGCCGGAUUACCUCCAAGGGUUAUUGAGACGAUUCAGAACGCGAGGGCGGCCUCGACUCGUUCUUUAUAUAACCUAAAAUGGAGAGUCUUUGAGGAAUGGUGUGCAGAUAAGAACAUUGUCCCGUUCUUGUGCUCUGUUUCAGAUGUGCUGUGUUUUCUUCAAAACCUCCUGGAUAAGGGCAGAGCUUUUUCCACGGUGAAGGUUUAUCUGUCCGCCAUAUCGGCAUGUCAUGUUGGCAUCGAUUCGGCUACCAUGGGUCAACACCCUCUAGUCUGUCGUUUUAUGAAAGGUGCACGUAGGUUACACCCAGUAUCAAAGACGCUGGUCCCGCCAUGGGAUUUGUCUGUGGUCCUGAGCGCGCUCUCAAAAGCCCCGUUCGAGCCCAUUGAUAGCAUUGCCUUAAAGCUGCUCGCUUUAAAAACGGCUCUGUUACUUGCUCUUACAACAGCAAAAAGAGUGAGUGAACUACAGGCGUUAUCAGUUCACCCUUCAUGUAUGAAGUUCGCUCCGGGUGGUCAAAGAGCUUAUUUCAAAACUAACCCGGCGUUCGUGCCCAAAGUAUAUGAUCACGCGGAUACCGUAAGAGCAGUGGAUUUGCCAGCUUUUCAUCCUCCUCCUUUUUCUUCUCCAGAAGAGGAGAGGUUACACUGUUUAUGUCCGGUUCGCACGCUGUACAGUUAUGUACAGAGAACCCACUCAUUGCGUAAGAGCAACCAGCUAUUUGUCUCAUGGGCUGACUCUUACAAGGGAAAACCUAUUUCCCGUCAACGCCUUUCUCAUUGGGUGGUGGAGGCUAUUGGUUUAUGUUACAGAAGCAUGAAUAUAGAGCCACCAGUAGGGCUAAGAGCGCAUUCUACUAGGGGGAUGGCUACAUCCUGGGCUCUAUUCAAGGGUAUUUCUAUUCAAGAAAUUUGCGCGGCGGCCAGCUGGUCCUCUCCGCACACAUUUAUCCGUUUUUAUAGACUGGAUGUUACGGAACCCUCUCUGGCACACUCAGUUCUGGGAGUAAGUAGUCAGGAGGAGGUUUAG